AUGUGUGAGAUAACCCAAGUCAGGAAGUGGUCCGUGUGGCGCUGGAAGCCACUACUGGACUGGCUCCUUGAACUAACUUUUACGUGUAAGAGUUUGCUCUCUGGUUUCAACCUGUUGGACGCUCAUUUUAUGAUACCUGAGGAUGGUUGUCGAGCCCUGUGUGUGAUCCUUCCCUUCUGGGGCUUCUCAUGGGAUGUCGGGGCACCUUAUCUUGAGGACCAGGGGGCCUCCUUGUCUUUUGGGGGGACCAAGGAGGGCUGCUCCUCGCCCCGCUCCCCCGACACGUGCCUGAAGAGCAAGAAGCAGCGGAAGGCGCGGACGGCCUUCACGGACCACCAGCUGCAGACGCUGGAGAAGAGCUUCGAGCGGCAGAAGUACCUGAGCGUGCAGGACCGCAUGGAGCUGGCGGCCAAGCUCAACCUCACCGACACGCAGGUCAAGACGUGGUACCAGAACAGAAGGACGAAAUGGAAGAGGCAGACGGCGGUGGGGCUGGAACUCCUAGCCGAGGGCGGGUACGGGCGGCUCAUGGGCGGCUACUGGCCCUACCCUACCCCUCCCGGACUGCCCUCGACCGCCCACCCCGCCCAUCUGUCUGCCGUGGGCGCUCUGUCGUCGAUGGCGGCGCUGUCCUCGUCGAUGGACCUCUACUACAGACAUGCUCAGCUGGCCGCCCUCAGUCGCACAGCAGCGGCAGUCUCGCCCUCGUCAGCCCCUUCGCUCGACGGGACGCCCUCCCUCACCACCGUGGGCGUGACGUCAGCCAACUCGCCGCCCACGCUAGUAACGCCCAGAGUGAUAUACCCGCCCACGCCCUCGCCAGCCGCCCUCGCCCACUACUUCAAGCAAUGAUAGCGUGUUCUUCGGCCGGGCGGAGGAGCAGAGAAUUCAGACCCUUAAAGACGGAUCCAGAGACAGAGAGAAUAUCAUUGCAUCUGUUGUAUAAUUCUUGUUUUUUUAUUUAUUUUUUAUUAUUGUUAUUAUUAUCACUUUCUUUUUUUUUCAUUCUCAUUCACCACCGCAUGUAUAGUAGAUCUGUAGUUGUUCCUUGUAAAUCACGAUGAAUAUGAUAUGAUGGUAGCUUCGAGGAUAAUUAUUUUCCCAUUAAAUUAAUCUCAUCAUCUAUACUAUUUAUUUAGUACGGCUCGCUACGCCUGUAGACUGUAAAUUUAGUCUCAUUUAAGCUACAGUUAGUUGUCCUGAUCAUCCUAAUUUUGAAAUGAUAUGAUUCGUUCUGCUUAAAGUCAGGGUUAUGCAAAAGACAAGGAAAAAAGUUUGAUCAGAAUUCAAUUUUUCUUCAAGAUAGAGCAAGAUUAAGAUCGCCAAAACGUGUAAUUGCUUUAGUGUAAAUUUCCAGCCUUACUUUCCAUAUUGUUCUUCUUUUUUCUUCUUGUUUUUUUAUUAUUAUCAUUAUAUUUUCCUUCUUCAUGAGAAACACUGUAAAGUUCAAAGACAUAGUAAUUUAAUUGUAUCUUAAUAAGAAAAGAAACAAUGAAAUGUGCGCUUCACCAUAAUAGAGCAUGCGUGAGAUUCCAGUGGCGUUCGCAUAACAAAAUGUGAAUCCGCGGAUCACUGGAUCUACGUAGCCAAUAAAAACACACACAUAUGACUAUAAAUACGUAGUUUUCUUUGUAGUGAAGGCAUGCUGUUAUUGUAAUUUUUGUAUCCAUAUCACCCCCGUGUAAUUAAACGUGUAUAUGUAUUUUUAAAACUAUGUAUUUGUAAG